CCCGCCGAAUUGUGUUUAUUAUCAGCUGUUUAUUCGUCAUAGUAAUUCAAGUAUAUUUAUAAUUUUUCGUUCAAACAAAAUGGAUAUUUCUAAAGUAACAAAUGAGAAAAAACUGCAGCUCUGUCGAACUUAUUUCAUAGCUGGCUUGGCUUUUUUACCCUUUCUAUGGACGAUCAACGUCUUUUGGUUUUUUAAUGAUGCAUUUCGCGCACCUGCUUUCCCAGAGCAAAAAAGAAUAAAGAAAUUUGUGAUCUCGUCGCUGAUAGGUGCACUGAUUUGGUCAGUCAUACUUAUAACCUGGAUAAUUAUAUUCCAAACAAAACGUGCCGAAUGGGGGGAAAUGGCGGAUAGAAUGAGUUUCAUUAUACCACUGGGUAUUGCUUAAAUAACAUUUCGUAAAAUUCAUUUUAGUACUUGAAUCAUUAAAAAUGUAAACAAAUUGACUUUCUUAUU